AUGAAGAGCUAUAUCCCCCUUAUCGCCCUCGCGGCCGGCGUAGAGGCCACUUUCAAGAAGGCUCCUGCUUUCACCUGCCCCGAGAACAUCGACAACAAGUGUACCCCCAAGCAGCAAUCCGGCUUCGACUGGGCUGAUCUCAUUCCUGGUCCGUUCGCCAACUACGGAGACUUCACCUUCAAGGGCUUCGAGUGCGGCAGUGACGGAAAUAAGGGUCGUUUCGACUCUCGCCCCGGCAGCGGCAAGUUCAUUGGUGGUACUUGCCACCCUGAGAAGAACAAGUCUCCAUCUUUCGGCUGCGGUCCCGUUGUCGACAAGUUCUCCCUCGGCACCAUUGUUGUCCAGCCCGAGUUCGACUGCGAUCUCGAGUUCCACUAUGACAUGCCCAACGGCUCUGUCUGCAAGACUCGCCACGCUUGCAAGAAGUCCGGUACCACCAUCAAGAACAAGCAGUGCGGUGGUGCCAAGAAUGUCACCAUCAUCUUCCCUCCUCAGAACAAGCCCAAGAAGAGCUGCGCCAUCAAGGUCCCCACUGUCUCUUUCGACUGCAACACUGCCUCCAGCACCAAGCCUGUGACCACCAAGCCCGCGACUACCAAGCCUGCCACCACCACUGCCGUUGUCACCACUCCUGCCGAUGUGACCAGCACCGCCCCUGUUGAGACCUCGCCCGCUGAGACCGAGACUUCUACUGCUAUUGUUCCCGGCGAGACUUCCACUGCUGUCCUUCCCGAGACCACUGCCCCUGCUGAGGAGACUUCCACUGUCCCUGCCGAGGAGUCUACGGCUACCGUCCCCGCCGAGGAGACCUCCACUGUCCCUGCUGAGGAGUCCACCGUCACCGUUCCCGCUGAGGAGACUGCUACGGUCCCUGCUGAGGAGACCACCACUGCUCCUGCUGAGGAGACCGCUACUGUUCCCGCUGAGGAGACCACCACUGCCCCCGCCGAGGAGACGGCCACCGAGCCUGCUGGUGAGACUACUACUGAGGUUGCCGGCGAGACCACCAGCACUGAGCCUGCCGCCAUCACCACUCCCAUCACGACCGUGAUCACCACCGAGUUCGAGACCAUCUCCACCAUCUUCACCACUCAGACCGAGACCAUCACCCAGUGCGAGCCUACCGUCCCUGACUGCCCGGCCAACUCCAUCAAGACCACAAUCGUGACUGUUCCCGUCUCCACCACCAUCUGCCCCGUCACCGAGACUCUCACCACUGUCAUCGAGACCCCUAUUGUUGAGGAGACCUCUGCCCCCGCCCCUGUCGAGACUUCUCCUGCCGCUGGCGAGACUUCUCCUGCCGCUGGCGAGACCACUGUCCCUGCUCCUGGUGUUACCGAGACCCCCGCCACCACCGUCAUUGACAUCCCCACCACUGGCAUUGUCACCUCUGUCAAGCCCGUCGAGACUCUCCCUUGCCCUGAGGUUGUCCCCUCGUGCUUGAACACCUUCCUCUUCCUGGUCGGCUGCUCUGACAACACUGAUGCGGGGUGCUACUGCCCCGAUGCUCUCUUCGUCAAGAACGUCUACGACUGCUUGUACGCCCACGGUGGUUCCGAUCAGAUCAUCUCCGAGGCCGUCAUCUUCUUCCAGGGUCUCUGCGCUCCUUGGGCUGGUGGUAACCCCGCCGUAGUCACGGCUCCUACUGUCACCACCUACCUCACCAUCACCGCCACUCCCACUGUUGCUCCCAUCUACACCACCAUCACCAUCGACACCACCACUGUUGUUCCCUGCACUGAUGAUGCCGGUGUUGAGAUCCCCGGUAGCAGCACCACCGUUGUCAUUGCCACCACCGUCCCCGUUCCCGAGAUCGGCUUCACCACUGGCACUGCCGGCGUUGUUGAUGUUGUUCCCAUCACCGCUGCCCCCAUCGUCGACGGCGGUCUCCCCGGUGUUCCUGGCAACAACGGUGGCGGUGCCAUCAUCACUGCCAACGGCACCACCAUCUCGGUCCCCACCGGCACUGAAGGCCUCGUCCGCCCCACCCAGAGCGUCGUCCUCGCCGGUGGUGAGCGUGUUGCCGCCAGCUUCGGCCUUGCUGCCGUCGUCGCGGCCUUCGCUGCCUUUGCCCUCUAA